AUGGAGCGCGCGCCGUCGCUCGCCGAGUCGCUGUUUGGGCGCCGCGCUGAGCCGGAGGUGUGGCAAGACCGGGAAGUGAGGUUUGACCUGGGGCCGGCCGAGCUGCAGUGCCGCAGGGGAGAGGAGGUGCUGGAUUACCUGGACUGCGUGGAGGACACCAAGGGAAACAAUGGGGAGCCGGGGGAGCUGACUUUCACCAACCUGCGGCUGAUGUGGGUGUGCACCCGCAGCCGCCGCACCAGCAUCAGCGUGGGGCUGGACUGCAUCACGCAGAUCACGGUCAAGCCGGCGGCGUCGCGGCUGAGGGGCAACGUGUCGGCGCUGUACCUCUUGACGCGCCACGGGACCCAGCGCUUUGAGUUCAUAUUCACGGCCCUGGAGGCGGGCGGCGGCGGGCCCGAGCUGCUGGCGGUGGCGCAGGUGCGCCCCCGCCCGCGGCCGCAGGGGCGGGCGUGGUAG